AAUUUGACGUUUCGCAGCGCCACCAUUGGCCGUCCCAGCCAAUAGUAAGUAGUCUCUGUUUUACAUCACGUGAUCAUAUAUUAUUUAAUAGAAAUCUGGGUCGAAGGACCACUAAAUGUAAAUCUUUGCCAAUUUGUGAGUUUUUUCAUGAAAUGCCAAUCUGCUUAUAUCUUCGGCAUUAGCAGUGACGAAGAGCACGCUCAAAGAAAACUAGGAGAGACGAGUUAAGUCUGUUUACAGGGAAAAAUGUUAUUGAUCUUAACCUAGCUCUUUAAAAAUCUAGCUUCUGCCGCAUGGAGGAAUGUAUGAUACACUGUUUUUUUUUAUCUAUUCUGAAUUAAACUCGGCAUUUCAAGUAUUUCUAAGCUAAACAAACAUAAACUGAUCGAAGACUGAGUUCAAAAAUUUUAUUUUCAUAAUGUGGGUAUAGUAAACCAUACUCAUUCGAAAAUUUGGCACCCGAAUAGAGUGUUUACUAUUUGAGUGAAUUGAAAACUGUUAUUAUAUUUCGUGAAAGUACAGUGCCAUGUGAUAAAGUGAUUUAAAAAAUUGAUGUGUGAAUAUCUGAAUAACAAGCAACAGAUCUUCAACAAUGGAGCUUCAACCAGUUCAUCUGGAAAUUAAAGAUGAACCUAUCGAUGAUUAUUUGGAAGAAUUCGAUGACAUUUCUGAAAGUGGUAUAGUGCUUCGAUUUAUUCGUCAAAAAAGUGGAAUUUACUCAGUGAUGCCCCUCGUAAAACCUGAUCCAUUUUUUGAAGAGUGUUUAGACGGGAUUACGCAUGAUGGUCUGCUCCGAUUAGUUAAAGAGGAAAUAGUUGAGCGUCCUGACUGUCCGGAAAUUCUAAAUGAUUUCGAAUUCCAAUCCAAUCAAGAGCAUGUUAAAAUUGAUGCAAGCAACUCCAACAAUCAGAUCAAUCCCAAAUUACCCAAAUCAAAGCUGUCUCCAAAAAAGCAACGGAUCUGUGAUAUUUGUGAUGGAGUGGAUUUUGGCACCCACUCAGUUCUGGAAGAGCACAUAUUCAAAUUGCACAUGGAUGAUGAGAAUUCUAGAGCACUAAUCACGAGGAAAAUUUGGAAAUGCGAAUUUUGUAGUUAUCAAUCUCUCAAUAGGACAAUUUGUGUCCGACACUUGUCGUCGCACAGUCAAGAAAAAUUGGAAAAUAGAUUGAUGAACAAGGAGAAGUUCAAUAUGGAUAUUGAUUCUAUUCAGAAUAUUAAGCGGGCUUUAACCACAGAAUUCAGAUGCCAUGAUUGUUCCUAUAAAACUAACGACAAAGGAUCAUUAACUAGACACGUACGACUGCACAAAGCGAAAAUAGUGCAGCCAUUUUUUUGUCCAGCGGCAGACUGCUAUAAGAACUUCAAUGAAAAACCCAGUUUGGAUGCGCAUAUAAUCAAACGGCAUCCUUGGAAUAAAAGAUUGGUUCGCUCUAUCACCAACAAAAUAUUCAGGUGUGAACACUGCGACUACAUGGAUGUGAAAAAGUCCAAAAUUCUGCGCCAUGAGAAGCGACACAUUAAAAAAAGGCAAGGAAAGAGAGGCGCAGUUAUUGAUCAAUAAAUUAAUAAAAAAUUGUUUUUUUUUUCUAUGUACUUAAUGCCCAAACCGGUAUUCCUGAUUAAUUUUGAUAAAUUUAAGUUUCUUUACCGAUUAAAUUCAAAAGACUUGUAUUGUCUAAAA